AUGGAUAACCGUUCCUAUGUGGUGGAACAGGUAGUUGAUGGUGUUAAACUCAAUACCUUUAUAAGUUGGACGAAAAGCCUCAUUGUACCUGUUCCUAAGCCUGGCACUGACAAGUUUAGACCAAUAUCCCUUACAUCAUGCUUCUGUAAAGUGCUGGAGCGUAUCCUCCUGAAUCGCCUUAUGUAUCGCCUUCAAGAUAAACUAUCAUCCAGGUUAUAUGGAUUCCUGCCACAACGCAGCACGCACCACUGUCUAUUGGAGCUAUACACUCGCCUCUCCUCUACAAGUCUUGUCGCAUUCAUUGACCUGAAAAGUGCCUUUGACAUUGCAAAUCCUGAUGUGAUCCUCGACCAGCUUGUGGACUUUGGUGUUAGUGGAAAUCUCUUGCGAUGGAUACGAGGAUACUUAAGCAACAGAUCAUCCUAUGUCCUCUUUAAAGGUGCCUGCAGCACACCUAAGUGCUUUGGCCUUGGGACUCCACAGGGAGGUGUCCUCAGCCCAUUUCUUUUCAAUAUCCUUAUGCACCGCCUCAUAUCCCAGCUCCCUGAUAUCCCAGGAACAACAAUUACAUGCUAUGCUGACGACAUCUGCAUUCACUCCAACUCUCCAGAAGAUCUACAGUGCUUACUUCAUUCAUUUUACGAAUCUACCUCUUCAUGUGGCCUCAUCAUCUCUCCUGAAAAAAGUAGGAUCUUCUCUCUACAAAACCCACGAACACUACCUGAAUUUCUAGUAGGCCCCAGUAUUAUACCAUUCUGUACACAGUAUCUCUACUUGGGUGCUCCAGUUCGAGUCCUUCCCACCAUGCCAGCACGUCAACGUGUCCAUCCCAUUGUUCAGGAAUUACUGACACGGCUGCAACGUCGCCUUGAACCCCUUCGGUGGCUAACCAACAAUGCUGCUGGGGUCUCCAUUCCUGUGGCCAGAAAUAUCUAUACAGCUUUUAUCCGUUCAGUAGUUGAUUACCUAUCUCCAACUCUUAGUCAACUCUCCAAGACAGCACUAGAACCACUAGAAAAAUUUCAGAAUAAGGUAAUGCGCUGCAUUCUAGGAUGCCCAAUGUCCACUAGGAUUGCUAACAUGCAGCAGGAACUUCAUCUCCUUCCUCUUGUGGAACGAAUAUAUGCCAAUGUAACAUUCUUUACUGUUAAAUGUCUCCACUCAUCCAGUCUCGCUCCACAUUAUGCUGACCUUAUUAAUGUGUCACUUGACCCCAAUGCUCGUCCCCCACAACUCCGACCAGGUGGCUGUGCUCUCAUAAGGAAUGUUUGCCGAGACCUUAGAAGAUUGGAUAUUAAUGUCCCCCAAGAGGAAGUUGACCAUGGUCCUCCCCCGUGGCAGAUUCCUCCUGUAGAAGUUUCCUACACACCCACCUGUAGGAGGGACCUACCCUGCCAACAGAAGCAACUAGCCCUCGAGGCCAUUAACAAAGUAAGGUCUUCCAUCCCUGCCUCUCACACCCUCUACGUUGACGGUUCUUUACAAGUGGAUGGAGCUGCAGGCUGUGCUGUCUUCUCUCCUACUAUGGAACCACCAUAUGGGGGAUGGACUGGACGUCGUCUGCAGGACUGGUCAAGUUCUACCUCCUGUGAACUGCAUGGGCUUCUAGAUGCUGUUAGCCUACUUCUACGGACUAGAAGCAAUGGACUAGUUAUUUGUGACUCACAGUCUGCCCUUCGUGCCCUCUCCUCCCCAAAGCCUGAAGCCCGUAGCCUAGUCAAUCGCAUAGUGCGCCACCUAGUCACAGCCAUUGGACAUGCACUUGUCAUACAUUUCCUAUGGAUUCCCUCGCAUGUUGGGGUUACAGCGAAUGAUGAUGUAGAUCGUCUUGCCAAAGCUGCCUGUAGGCUAGCCCUACCUGCGGCUGACGCCUCGCCAGCAACCCUCUCUCACUACAAGCGGAGGAUACGUGCUUCUGCUCGCUUGUCAAUCACCCGACGCAGGAGCGCCGAGCGGCCAGCGAGCGUAAGCAUCCAGCACUACGACUACUUUGCCUCUCACCCCUACAAAUACCGACGCCGCGGUCUGUUGGUAAGAAGACACAAUGUGGUCGCUGCCCGGCUCCGCUUAGGCUACAGACCAGUGUGGCAGGUGGGUGAGACAGAGGACGUGCCCCAGUACACAUCGUGUAAGUUGUGUGAUGCACACAAUGCGAACCACCUACAGCAUUACUGCCUUGAGUGUCCAGAGGUAGCUGAUCUCAUAUCGAAGAGAGACUCUGUUUCUGACGUCUGCAAGUACUUAUUAGCAGAGGACAAUCUAGAUGUAAUACUUUUGCAAUACCCAUAUUUUGGUGGCUGUUAA